AUGUUUGUACUUUAUUUUUUUAUUUAUCAAGUUGCAAGUGCACUUGAAAAACGUUCACAAGCAAAUGCAAAAAAAGUAUCAAAUAUAAUAGGCAUUUCAUCAUCUAAUAUGACUAAUUUUGUACUAAAUAUGUCAAAAAGUCAUCAACUUACACAAGCAACAGUCACAUCAUCAUCAUCUCUACGAUCAAAGAAAAUGAAACCAACACAACAAUCAACGCUAUCAUCAAUAUCAAAAUAUGAAAUUAGUAUUGACGAUGAUGCUGGAAGUUCAUUUCUAAAUAACAAUAAUGAUAAUAAUAAUAAUAAUAAUAACAGAAGGUUAUCAAAUGGACUUGAUGUUAUUAAACCUUCAUCAUCAAAUGAAACUAAUGAUGAACAUACGUCAGUAACUACACUGGCUACAAAUUUAAGUAAUUUACUUAAUAUAACUCGAGCUGGUGUUGGAUCAAAUAAAAAAUUAGAAGAAAAUCGAAUACUUUUACCUAUUACACAAAAUAAAUCAACAAUGUUGACUACAACAAGACAAAAACCAUUCGGUCGGCAUGGUGGUACUAGUAGUAAAGCACGAAAAGCAUUACGUACUAUAACUGUUAUUAUGGGUGCAUUUGUUAUAUGUUGGACACCGUGGCAUGUUCAUACAAUAAUUCAAACAUUUUGCAAAACAUGUCGUGAAAGUAUUGUGUUUAAUACAUAUCUCUUUCAUGCUUGUUAUUUUCUUUGCUACUUAAAUAGUCCAAUUAAUCCAUUUUGUUAUGCACUUGCCAAUCGACAAUUUAAAAAAACUUAUACACGUUUACUUCGUUGCGAUUUUCGAAAAUUGUAG